AUGGACCAACGACCGCCAGGAAAUUAUACAUCGAAUCAAAGAAUCGUCGCCCUGGAGGCUGUUACUAACCCUCUCAAGCCGCAAAUAAGCGACAACAGUGAGCAGUCUUUGUCUCAUAACUCCCCGGGAGAGGUGAGUCAAAGAACAGAAAGAACAGAACAGCAACCUUCAAGACACACGGAAGAUGCGCAACAAACAGACGAGAUAAAAUCGCCGGCCGAUAUUCAAAGACCUCGCUCUGCGUUGCACUCCGGUGACUUUAGAGAAGGCAUACCUCACGACGUCUCCCACUCUCCACGGGCUCCAUUUGCUGAACAAAACCCGACCUCCACAUUUCCCCGCCUUGGAACAUCACCAACCACGCCAUGGUUUGCUGCACCAGCCUUUGGGGACCCCAGUCGCGAUUUAAGUACCUUGGGUGACCAUCGCGAGCCACUGGCAAUGCUUGGAAAUCGCGCUAGAGCACCGUCGCUGGGGUCAUUUUCGUCAAGCUAUGUUUUGAAAGCGCCAACGAGCCCUCUUGUACAUCAGGCCAACAACACCGACCUGGACUUUUCGCCACGGGUAUCACCGGUGGAAUCAACACCCUUCGAGAGGGCUAGUCGCCGCCGAACCUUACCACCGGAAACCUUUCGACAGCUCCAAGGAUCUCCUCCACCUACUGAGUUCGUCAACAUGCACAGUCCCUGCCCAUCUCGCCAACCAGAUGGGUUUUAUAAUUUCCCUUGCUCGCCUCGCCGGUCUUUGACUUCAUCAUACAGUCUUCAACUUGCCUCUACCGUAAAUACUACUCCUGCAUACCGGGCAAGAAGACCUUCCCUCGUCUCCGACAUCUCUCCAAAACCCCAUGCCCCAAUGGUUGGCUCCUACGAAGAAUCCAUUUUGCGCGGGCGAAUGUCGAUGAACCCCUCCAAACCGCUAGACUUUACCGCUCAGAUCGGUGUCCUCGGCAAAGGAAAAUGCAAAGGGCAUCUCAAAUGUCCUCCCCAUGUGACGGUACCAUUUCCGGCCUUCUUUUAUAGUUAUCCGACAUCGGGGAAUGGUCGCUCUAUUUCAGAUGACAGCCCAAGUCCCUAUGUCGGCCACAUCGAUCUUGAAAACUCACUGUCCAAAGAUGAUGUAAGUGCGACUCGACGUCGUCGGCGACACGUCAGUCCAUCCAAAUCCCGCGAAGGAAAUAUCCCAGAGGAGCCGAACCCCACUCGAAUUCCCAGUGCAGAGACCCAGCGUCGUCGGGAAAAGAAGAGCCGCAGAGCGGAAUCUCCUAAAAGCCCCCCAGGCGGGUGCUAUCGAAUCCCUCAGCAAGGUCAACUGCAGAUUAUAAUCAAAAACCCACACAAGACUGCUGUCAAGCUCUUCCUUGUACCAUACGAUCUGGAUGACAUGGAACCCGGAACCAAAACAUUCAUUCGGCAGCGCAGCUAUUCCGCAGGACCGGUCCUCGAUAUGCCGCUGAGUGCCCGAAAGAACUAUGGGACGGAUCGACCUGAGGCGGCUUUAAACAGCACUGAAGAUCCUCAGGAUAAACCAACCUUGCGAUAUCUAAUCCAUCUCAACAUAUGCUGUCCAGCACGAGGUCGCUUCUACCUUCACUCGAGUAUUCGCGUGGUGUUUGCAAACCGAGUGCCGGACGGCAAAGAGAAGCUACGUAACGAGAUCCAACUACCAGAACCUCGGUACAGUCCGUACAAGCCAUGCCGGGAUCCUACUAUUUCGACUUCUGCUGGAGCCCGGCUAGCGAUUGACAAAGCUUCACGGAGACGGAGCAUUGGACAAGACACGAUUCCACUCCUGCGACCAGACGCUACCUCCCCCAGCGAUUUUUCGCCACAUUGGAGCCCGGGGCAGCCCUUAGACAUGCUAUCUCCACCCGAUCCUGCCCAGUUUGAUCCGGGUGUUUACAAUAAGCUAAACAAACACGACUUUGGAUAUGGAAGGUAUCCUUACCCAUCCGGCCCGAGCACAUCCGAGAACGGCGAAAGUCUGCUCGCCAAGAGACUCCGUGCCUUAGAUGUACAACGCAGAGAGAAGUUUGACAAUAGUUGA